AUGGGGCUGCCCUGGGUAGGGCUGUGGCUGAGGAGGCUCUGGGUCCUCUUGCAGGUGGCCCUGCAUGUGGCUGUGGGCAAAGUGUGCCUGAUACUCUUUCCCACAAGAGUCAAGCAACACAUCAUGGCCAUGAACCGGAAGAACCCCCACUUUUCCUACGACAACUGGGCCCCGACCCUGUAUGGCAUGCAGUAUUUCCGGUUUGUCCUGAAGGUCCGAUGGCAACGACUCGAGGACAGGACUGAGCCAGGAGGUCUGGCUCCCAACUGCCCUGUGGUCCGGCUCUCGGGACAGCAGUGCAGCAUCUGGGACUUCAUGCAAGGCAACAGACCGUUGGUGCUGAAUUUUGGAAGUUGUACCUGACCUUCAUUUCUUUUCAAAUUUGACCAGUUCAAGAGACUUAUUGAAGACUUUUGCUCCAUAGCAGACUUUCUCAUCAUCUACAUCGAAGAAGCACACGCAUCAGAUGGCUGGGCCUUCAAGAACAACGUGAACAUCAGGAAUCAUCGGGAUCUCCAGGACCGCCUGCAGGCGGCCCGCUUGCUGCUGGACAGGCACCCCCAGUGCCCCGUGGUGGUGGACACAAUGAGGAACCAAAGCAGCCGGCUCUACGCAGCACUGCCCGAGAGGCUCUAUGUGCUCCAGGAGGGCAGGAUCCUCUACAAGGGUAAACCUGGCCCUUGGAACUACCAUCCAGAGGAAGUUCGUGCUGUUCUGGAAAAGCUUCACACUUAGUCUGGGCAGAUCUCCCAGCCCUAGGUGAUCAACAGGAGGGAUCCUCAAGUCCUGGCUCUCCCCCCACCCAGCCCAUGUGGCUUUUACCUCUUGAGCUGUAUCCCCAAGCUGAACCACUAGCUCACAUCUGUCUGAUCUAUCCCAGCAACUGUAAUCAGAAAACGAAGCAGCAAGGGUAAAGGCUGUACAAAAGGUCAAUGCUGCCCCCACGGCAGAGACCACAUUCAUUGCACGUGGUCCCCAACUCUAGCCACUCUGAUUCCAAGUGGUUAGAUACGGCAGUCCUUGUGUGAGGUAAAUCCGUCUUACCAAAUUUGCCGUUUAUGGAAUUGAUCAUCUAAGACACUAAACUGGUUUCUAGAACCAAGCAUGGGGAGAACUCCUGUUGUUUAGAGAGAGAGAGAGAGAUGAGGAGUUGAGAGCUGUCAUUCAUUUAUGCAGAAGCUCGUCUUUGAAAUUGCUUCUCUCAUUUCUUUGUGAGUCUCCUGACGGUCAUUUGUGUUAGAUUACAUCACACUAAGGGAUAACCAUUAGUAUUCAUCUGUUUUAACUCUGCUUCUUUUCAUGUUUGUCUAUGACGGCCACAGCCUAAAGUACACACAGCUGUGACCUGACUUGAAAGAAAAUGUUUUAAGAUGCAGCAAGCUAAUACAGAAUGAUUAAAACAUAGCA